AUGGCUGGCGUUCCACUCGGAAUGUUAAGCGAUUCGGGUGUCGGCGCAGAGUUCAUGCUCUUCUUUUUAGUCGCGAGUUUGGCAUGUAAGUGCACAAAGAGAGUGUCUACCCAGAAAGAGCCCAUUGAUUGCAGUGAUGGGUGUUUCGAAUAUAUCACUCUUCGAGAGCAGAUAUCACGCGCUUUUCACCGUUAAAGGUCACUGGUGGAAGAGAAUCAGGCCGUGGUGGCUGGCCGCGCACUACCUCUCCGUCUUGAUUCUGUUGAUCCUUGCCGCCGCUUUGAUUCCUGAUCAAGACGAGGGCCGCAGCACUGUUUUUCAGGUGAAUUCAGGACAAAUGAAACGAUAA